AUGAUUUCUUCCCGAAGCUCAGGGCUAUUUACAGUCAUUGUCUUUUUUGCAAUCUUACUUUUGAUAUUAUCCACCUCCCCCGAGCCGGCAAAAUUGACCGCGAAUAUAGAAAAUACGGCUGGUGCUAUCUCGGAAUAUGUGCCCAAGCCGAAAUUACCUAAACUCGACGAUUUCAGAUUUAACCUCCUUCCACCCGCCGCGCACAAACCUCCAGAACAGAAAAACAGCACCGGUGAAGGCUCCAAAUGGUACAGCCAUUGGCAAUGGCUCAAUCCAUUUUCGUCAUCCGUCACACUAGACGAGGAUAGGUCCGUGCUUCCGCCGAUCGGAACUCGUAUGCCUGUCUAUACUUACUACGAUUCCGUGACGAAGAAAGACAAGGCGCUUGUUGAAGUUGAUAAGAAACUACUUCUUUCAUGGCGGAGGGCGUGGUUUGCGCAGGGGUUUCGACCAAUGGUUCUUGGACCUCAAGAUGCGAUGAAAAAUCCGUUAUAUAAGUCGUUGGAUGCCACGAACUUGAACGGAAACGUCACUAUGGAACUCAUGUCGUGGCUGGCAUGGGGCCAUAUGGGAACAGGAGUCUUUGCGGAUUGGCGAUGUUUUCCCAUGGCCCCUUACAGCGACAGUUUUAUUUCGUAUCUACGGCGAGGGUCUAUGCCUGAGAAAUUAACCCGAAUAAACAAUCUCGGCCCUGCCUUGUUUUCAGGAGAGAAAGCUCACAUUAACAAGGCUAUCAAAGAGGCUGCGAGCAGCCCAAAGCUCAACGAAGCCAAAACUGUGAUUGAUCUUGUCAACGAAGAGACAUUUAUAGCAGAGAACACCACAGCUUUUGCAUACUACAGUUCUGCCGCCAUCACUUCAAAAUACCCGUCUGUCGCUGAGAAACUCAAUAAAUCAGCACCGGAGGGUUAUCUUGCACUUCUCGAUCUCAUCAAUUCUCACUUACAAAUCACCUUCCAAACUGCCUUUAGCUCUGGAAUCUCCGUACUCAAACCGUUUCCCGAACACACUACAGCUCUGGUCGGCCCUGGUGUUCGGCUCGCCACGCUUCUUGCGGAAUGCCUUCCGUUGCACUCGCCUCUAUCUUGCCCUCCAAACAACCCAAAAUGUCAGUUAUGCACCGACGCAAGCCGAAUGAAGAUAGCCCAGCCUGAUACAUAUAAAAACGACUCGGCAUUAUUCACUAUCGGGAUUCUUCCGCAUCCCUACACCCUUACCACAUUGAGAAAAGGCGACGAUAAUAUCACGGCAGCAUAUAUUCGGCGCGAAACCCAGCGGGAUCCUUGGCUAACCUCUUCCACCAAACAAUUUCUCGGCACGGAGCGUGGUGCCAUGUCUAGGGUGGUCCCAUUUAAGGAGGUCGUCGCGGGAGAUCACGGACUUUCGCGCGGUUUAUGGUUCACGGUUGAGACACUCCCGGCCAAGGACGAGGAGCAAAGUCUACCGACAACUGUUUUGGACGAAUUGGAUUGGUAUUUUGGAUUUGUUAUUCCCCGGAAAACGCGACUGGAAAGAUCGAAAGAGAAGGACACAUCCAAGGAAACCCCCAAGAGGGAUCUGUCCAAGGAAGACAAGAGCACGGAUAAACACAGCAAACUGGACAAAGAACUUGCCUUGAUCCAGAAAGCGAGGAAUUUGCUGAGGACCGACCAAAAGGAUUUUCAUAUUAAAGAAGUCAGCGAAGCUUGGAACCUCGCUGAUACGGAAGUUUGGAGAUUUGUGCGAGCUUAUAGGUACCCCAAAAUCUCGACCCCCUUAACCUACAUAAAGACCCUAACGUUUAUCUAG